AGUUCAAGACACAGAGCCAGGUAAUUGGCCAAACAAAAGACAAUACUGCAACCCCACGAUUUCUGGUCUGAAGAGGGAAAAGGUAAGAACUGAAUACAAUUGAACUAGCAAAGCAGAGAAGAAAAAAACUUGAUUUUAGAGUAUUUCAGAAUUAUCUGGAACAAUGCUCUGAUCGGUGUUCUUCAUAGCAGACAUAGUAUUGUGUUCGGUGAUUGGAGCACGUGAAAGGCUAUGGGAAGUUUCAACACGAGUUUUAGACAGGGCUUCAUCUUGGUGGGUUUCUCUGAUUUCCCUCAACUGGAAUUCCUUCUUUCGGUCCUCAUCUCUGUUUUCUACUCCCUAACUCUCUUCGGCAACUCCACCAUCAUUAUUCUUUCCCAACUGGAUGCUCGGCUUCAAACGCCCAUGUACUUCUUCCUCUGCCAUCUGUCCUUCCUGGACCUCUGCUACACCACCAGCAUUGUGCCCCAGCUCCUGAUUAACCUCCAGGGAUAUGACAGAACCAUCAGCUAUGGAGGCUGUGUGGCCCAGCUCUUCCUGUUCCUUGCUUUGGCCUCCACAGAGAGUGUGCUUCUGGUGGUGAUGGCCUUUGACCGCUAUGCCGCUGUGUGCCGUCCACUGCACUACACGACCAUCAUGCACCCACUUCUCUGCCUCUCACUAGCUAUUGUUUCGUGGGUAGGAGGAUUCAUGAACUCUCUGAUUCAGACGAGCCUCAUGAUGGCAAUGCCUCUUUGUGGACACCAACUGAACCACUUCUUCUGUGAGAUGCCUAUUCUCCUGAAGUUGGCCUGUGAGGACACAGAAGGAACAGAAGCCAAAAUGUUUGUGGCCCGAGUUGUAAUCUUGAUUUUCCCCGUAACACUAAUUCUGGGCUCCUAUGUAAACAUUGCUCAGGCAGUGUUGAAGACCAAGUCAAUGGCAGGAUGCAAAAAGGCGCUGGGGACUUGUGGGUCCCACCUUGUGGUGGUUUCUAUGUUUUAUGGUGCAGCCAUCUACACAUACUUACAACCCAAGGGCAGCUAUUCUGAGAGCAAGGGCAAGUUUGUUGCCCUUUUUUAUACCAUCAUCACCCCCAUGCUCAACCCUCUGAUCUAUACCCUGAGGAACAAGGAUGUGAAGGGGGCCCUGUGGAAGGUGCUAGGGAGGGCCACCAACUUGGGCUAGAAGAGCAAAGGACACAGCAUAAUUUGGUUUAACACUUCUUAGAUUACAGACUCAUCUUAUCCUUGCAAAGCAGUUAGUUAGUACAAAAUAAGCAUCAACAGACAUCGUGGGCUUGGUACUUCCUUGCUUUGCAGUGGGAGGUAGAGAUCUCUUGAAAUGCUUUGUAGUUCAGUGCCUAUAGUCCAUAUGAAACAAGGAGUGAGAGCUGAUUUGUUCAAUGGUGCUUGGAAAAUGGAUAAUGUCUCCUCUUGUAGAAAGAGGAGGCAGUCUCUAGGCCAUCCUGGGAGGCAGAGAAGCAUUAUCCUGAUGGCAGUGCCUUCCAGAGUCCUAGCAUGGUGCCGUGCAGAAUGCCCUGUCUACAAAGUCAAGAGGUGCAUUAAUGCCUGUGUUUCUAAAUC